UUCAAUCUAGUCUGUGGUAGGUUGCCGCGCAGUCGGCACUCGCGCGCCGAAUCUCGCAACAAGCUCACGACCGAACGACCGACACACGCUCCCGGUGUCGUAUUACGCUCUAAAUAUAUCUCGCGAGCCCGAACGCCUAUUAGGAAACGCGCCGUGUUUUGAACCAGUGAUUGACAGUGCCGAGUGAAGAAUUUGCUGAUCAAGGAAUCUGCCAAUAUGGCACAGUUAAUCACUGUGCGGCUGAACAAGUCGGAACAGCAACCACUUGGCUUCAGGCUGCAAGGCGGGAAGGACUUUGGCACACCGCUCGUUGUUCAGAAGGUGAACGGUGGCAGCGCAGCUGAAAGGGCGGGUCUGCAAGCUGGUGACGCUCUAAUACGAGUAAAUAAUACUGAGGUGUAUGCGUUGCGACACCAAGAGGCGCAAGACACCAUCCGGGCAGCGGGGACUGCUCUUGAACUCACCGUGCAGCGUGGCGGUGGAACCUGGAGGCCAUCAGUGACUCCCACAGGCAGCCUGCCAAGGCCUGGUUCCAGGGCUCUUGGUACAUCUCCGACUCCCGUCACCAACACUUCACUGAAGGCGACACCUCAAGCGUCACGGGCGUUUGGUUCUGGCCACAACAGUGUUGCUAAACCAUUUGGUUAUAUGAACGGUUCGGAUUCGACAAAGGGUAUCGUGAACAAGCAGUACAAUACGCCUGUCAACAUGUACAGUGACAAGACCAUCGCUGAGACGCUCUCUGCGCAAACUGAAGUUCUUGCAGGCGGAGUCCUAGGAGUGAAUUUUAAGAAGAACGAAAAAACAUACGAUUCUGAGAAGAGCGCAGUUUUCAAAGUUUUACAAGAGGAGCAAAAUGAUCCGGAACCAGAGCCGCCACAAACGUUUUACUCGCGGGCAAGCGUGACGCGUGCUGGGGCACCGAGCGCUCGGUCACUUCAUUCGCAAUCGCGCACCCAAAGUGCGCCCCCACCCCAUCUACCAAAGCCUCAAACUCGUCGGGUGCAAUCCUUGUCACGCGAGGGACAGUCCUCCGAUCGGCUCGUGCCGGAAGCGCCUCACCGGCCAAGCAUCCCGGUGGGCUGCCAUCAAGUGUUACCGGACGGUCGGAUCGCUCUCGGAGUGCCGGCUCAGCCUCAGCCAUCGAACCACCUGCCGGUCGUCAGCGACGCACCAUUUUGCUCCGACUGUGACAGCCACAUCGUUGGUGUAUUCGUGCGCAUAAAGGACAAGAAUUUGCACGUUGAGUGCUUCAAAUGCUCGACAUGUGGAUCGUCGCUUAAGAACCAGGGUUAUUACAACCUGAAUGGCAAACUCUACUGCGACAUUCACGCUAAGCUCGUGGCUCGCCAAAACCCACCGGCCCCGAACUUGGAGCCUGUUACCGUAGCACCUGGUGGACGCAUCCCAACGAACCCGUACACAACGCCAUUGCCUCCGCUCUCCACAGGCAACUACACCAAUGGGUCUUCAUCAUUGUUUAGCCCCGGAAGUAACCUGUCUGGUCCGAAGCCAUUCGGUUCAUCAAUCGGAUCGGCAUAUUCGCCAUCUCUUUCCCCCCGAUCGGCCCCGAUGUCUCCCGCGCGUCCCGUAGUAGCGCCCGCGCAUACUCCGGCGCCGGCCGCACCACUCUCUGCUCCCUUCGCACCGAACAAAAACGUUAAAAGCAUUGUGUGGCCCCCACCGAACCCCCCAGAAGACGAUACACCUUUACAAACUUCUUCAGAAUACGCUCCCAGUAAUCCCACAGGAGAUCCCGCUUCCUUUACAACAGGCACAUUGUUAAAGAAAGCUACUGAAUCUAAAGUAGAGAAAGAUCAAAUUGUAUCAGGUGACCAAUUUAUAUCAACAUCACAAGAAAAUGCAUUCUCUUCUUCUGUCUCAUUUUCAUCCGCUUCGAUGUCUACCGCAAUAGCAGAUUCAUCAUUUACCAAAUCAUCUAUCCAAAGUGAAGAAUCACAAGUAGCGAAAGAAUUUUCUUCGUGCACCGUUCAAUCAUUUUCGGAACAAGCGUCAUCUGAAGGACGGACAUACAUGUCAUAUCAGACCCAACCAUCGGAAUUUCAAUCAAUUGGCACCAAUGAAACCAAACUUAUGGAAAAGUCAAUGCAUGAAACGAAAGGAUACAAUGAGAAAUCUACUAUCAAGGCAUUCCCAUCAAACAUGGAUGCAGCAGCUCAUUCUAGAAAAUCAUAUUCCUACGAGACUCAACCACAAAUUUCACAAAACAGAGGCCAAUUCAAUUAUAACAACACUGAAACACAGAAUACUUUAAUAAAUCUCGGCGAUAACAUUUCACAUACACAACCGCAGAAUAUAUCUACACCAAGUCACGGAAAUCCAGAUGAAAAUACCAUAAGAACAUCACCACCUCGAAGUCGACCUUCGACUCCAAGCCUUAUAAAUAAACCUGCACCUAUAAUACCUCGGUAUCAGAUGAACUUAGUUACUAUGGAACAUUAUGCUCCAGAAAGUCAUACAUAUCAGCCGCCUGGAGGAGAAGGCAGUCGUACACCUACUCCUAAGCCAAGAUCGCGAACACCGGCUCAAGGGCCUUCUUCGAAAGCCCAAGCCCCACGUAUUAAAGAUUAUUCUCAAAGUAAUUUCGGCCAAAGUGAAACAUUCUCACACCAACUACCAUCUACUUUUCAAAGAGAUCUUUACCCAGGACAGACACAACCAACCUUUUAUGAAAAUAUACCUCCAUUGGUUCAGGAAGAAAAUCGAUCAAACUUUGAAAGACAGUCUGAAAGUUAUAACAAAGGAGACAUGUCCGUAAAGCAGGAUACUAUGAUGAAUCAAAAUUAUGGACAAAGACAGAUGGAGUCACAGAAUGUGGCAGAAUAUGGGCAUACGACAGUGCAGACCACUAGAAAAACCUUUGAAGAAUACGAAAGCGCUCAAACUGCUAAAAUGAUAGAAAUAAAAAAAGGUGGCUUCGCGUCUUCUGAUUCAUAUCAACCAAUAGAGGCAUUUAAUCGUCCAUCUGCUAUUAACUUUAAGCAAUCUUUACCUUCACCUGCCAUGAGUUUUUCGCCUUCUACACAAAAUUUCUCUUCUAAUACUACUAAUGAAAAUGUGGAUACCACUAGACAAACUCAUACAAGUACGUUUGAAAUGAGUCCUUCAAUUUCUGGUGCUAACCGAGGUCCAGUGUGUGAUCCUACCCCAUCAACAGGUUCCAGUGUAGGGGCUGCCGCUCGUGGCAAAACUUUUGGCGUGUCAUCGGCUCCAAAAAGGGGGAGGGGAGUUUUGAACAAAGCUGUGCUACCAGGAUCUCGCGUUCCUCUUUGCGGUUCUUGCAACGGAAACGUUAGGGGCCCAUUCAUAACGGCCUUGGGACGCAUCUGGUGUCCCGAACACUUCAUCUGCGUGAACGCGACAUGUCGCCGUCCCUUGCAGGACAUUGGAUUUGUCGAAGAAAACGGUCAAUUGUACUGCGAGUUCUGUUUCGAACAAUAUAUAGCCCCGGCUUGCGACAAGUGCCAUGCUAAGAUUAAGGAGGAUUGCCUCAAUGCUAUUGGAAAACAUUUCCACCCCGAGUGUUUCAGCUGCGUGUACUGCGGGAAGCUUUUCGGGAACAAUCCAUUCUUCUUAGAAGACGGUUUACCUUACUGUGAGGCAGACUGGAAUGAGUUAUUCACGACGAAAUGUUUCGCGUGCGGUUUCCCAGUGGAGGCCGGCGACAGGUGGGUGGAGGCGCUCAACAAUAACUACCACAGUCAGUGCUUCAACUGCACGGUGUGCAAAAAGAAUCUCGAAGGACAGAGUUUCUUCGCCAGGGGAGGAAGACCUUUCUGCAGGGUUCACGCCCGCUAGAAGCCCACCAAAAAUUGUAUACAACUCCGACACUGUUUAUUCUACCGUAACUUUUCGCCCUGUCUCUGUUUCUCCUUUCGGUCCACCACAACGAACCAGGAAAUUGGAAACGCCCCUCCACUUCGAUGGAGAGCUGUUUUCCGAUAUAAGGAGUACUGAGGGGAAGUUACUCAGCAAAGUAACCAUAGACCACAUACAAAGCUCUACGAAACACGACGUUACAGAUUCACCUAAUGUGUCUGAAAGCUUUGGACUCAACGGUAAAGCGUUGGUCGAUGAUAUUGUCAAAACAGAAACCAUAACCAACGAAGACGUCAUCAAAGUCAAGUUCACACCGGUUCGGCCGGAAAUGGAUUCACUAACUUCACAAUUUAUAAAAAGAUCGGUCACCCCUGUCAAUUAUCUGAAAAAUGACUUUGACGAUCUUACCAGUUAUAAAAUUGUAAAUUCAUUAUGUAAGGAACAGUUACUUCAACCGGACGGCGUUAUUGACAAAUUCGAGGGCAUGAGAAUUGAGCGGGAACACAGUCCAUUAGCCAAUACCUUGAUUUCGGAAAAGCUAAUCAAGAUAGACAGUUACUUACAAGAAAGUUUGAAUAGAUGUUCCGAAGCUAAAGACACAGUCCCUCACGAGGUAAAGACAGAGACAGAGACAGAUGUAACUAAAGAUGUAAUAGAGACACAAAACGAUGACAUCUUAAUAAAU